AUGGUUUCUCACCUGGAGUCGGUCUGCAGCCUCAACUGUUUGGCUGAAAGACUCGACAACAUGAGCGUGUCAAGCCUCCUGAACCUCAGCAGCCUGGGCAAGAUCUGCGGCUCCAGUCACAGCAGUGAAGUGGUCAUUCUGGACCGGGUCAAGAGGAAGAACUCUGUGAGGCGCAUGUCGAUAAUUGAAGACGGUGAACUUGCGGAGGUUCUCUACCUUAUUCCAAAACAGUCCAUGAUGGAGCAGCUGCCCUUCAUCAACCCCAACGACUACAUCGUCUGUGAAAAGUUGGCAGGUAUUCCUGCUGAGGUAUCAGUGCUACAUGCCCAGAACGGCAGCCACUCGUGUCCUCCAGGGGGUAAGCAGGUGAUCCAGUGCUUCCGAUGUGGGAAAUCAUGCAAAGGGGAGGUGCUGCGAGUCCAGAGCGGCUACUUCCACAUAAAGUGUUUCACGUGCAAAGUGUGCGGCUGCGACCUGGGUAAAAGCGGCUUCUUCAUGAAGAACGGCGACUAUCUCUGCCCGCUGGACUUCCAGAGACUUCAUGGCACACUGUGCAGCAACUGUGGGGAGUUUGUGGAGGGAGAGGUGGUCACGGUGUUGGGAAAGACCUACCACCCAGCCUGCUUUGUGUGCACCAUUUGCAAACAUCCAUUUCCUGCUGGAGAUUGUGUCACCUUCAGUGGAAAAGACUGCCUCUGUCAGCGCUGUAUCGAACCCAUGUCACCUUCUCCUAAAGACAUCCGCCGCUCCAAUAAUUGUACCGGCUGCGGUAGAGACAUCAAGAACGGCCAGGCUCUGUUAGCUCUGGGCGGUCAGUGGCACCUCGGCUGCUUCAAGUGUAAAGCCUGCAGGAGAGUGCUGAGUGGAGAAUAUAUCAGCAAAGAUGGUGUUCCCUACUGUGAGCGAGACUACCAGAUUAAGUUUGGGGUCCAAUGUCACGCAUGUCGCAAGUUUAUAACAGGAAAAGUCCUCGAGGCCGGGGACAAACACUAUCACCCCGGUUGUGCAAGAUGCAGCAGAUGUGACAAGAUGUUCACAGAAGGAGAAGAAAUGUAUCUGCAAGGAUCAACAAUCUGGCAUCCAGACUGCAGAGACAGCAGCAGGACUGAGGACAGUUACAGGGUCCGCAGACCGAAAACACCCUGUCUUGAUUUCUUUUACCCCAAACAUGAACUGAAGCCCACUAGAUCAUCAUCUGAAAGCUCCAGCUCCAGACCAGGCUCAUGCACUCCGGGGAGCCCUUGUCGAAAUAUCUGUGCAAAAGUAGAUAACGAGAUCAUUGAUUACAGAGACUUAGCAGCAAUUCCCAGAGUCAAGGCUAUAUAUGAUAUAGAGCAUCCUGAUAUGAUAUCCUAUAAGUCUGUGAACGGCAACUCCUCUACUUUGGACGAAAAAGGCAACAGACAGGACAGGCAAAGUCCUGCAGAGUCACCUGGAAACAUUUCUGAAACCAGAGAGGACAGUUUGGAGAUGAGAAUACCAAAAUCCCGAAGUCACGGAUGUUUUGGAGUUCAUGCGAUAUACAACCGUCACAGCUACACUCCUACUCUGUCCAGAUCGCCUCAACACUUCCACCGACCAGGGUUGAUGCUUUCUCCCUCUUUACUCUCUGGCACCAAAGACACCUGCCCCACUUCUCCUUUAUGUCACCACUUUCUCUCUCAAACUAAAGCAGAUGAAGGUAUCAACAUGUACAGGAAGCCUCCAAUUUAUAAACAGCAAGAUUCAAAUUCGUGCACAUCUCCAACAUCCUCUUUCCCUGGUUAUGGUCACAAUGGACUUAAUGUGCCACAAUCAGAUUUCUCCCACAACGAUGACGACAGACUCAAAGAUUUCAAGGUAUGUGACAGUACUUAAAUGGAGUUUUAUGCAGAUUCAAAUUCAUCAUCCUCCAUGUUUGUUUUGUUGCAUUUCAACAAACUGAGCUGACCAAACUGUGUGCAUCUGCAUGUUUCAAGAAGCAUACAGCAAACCCAGUUUUAAAUCCCAGUCAUAUUUAGAUGUGUCUGAAUGGAUUUAGAUAUCGAACAUGUUACAUAAUCUGCUCUGUAAUCUCAGCAAGACACAAGUAAUCUGCAAGAGAUUAAUCCCGCCAUGAUAUCUUCCCAUUGCAUGUGUUUGCUUCAUCCCGUAGCUCAUCCUUGACUGCCAACAUCUAUUAACACGACUGGACAGAGGAGUAUCUAUGCCUAAUUUGCUGGAA